AUGCAGGGCUCUGCAUCCUACCCUGCUGCUCUUGGGGGCAGCAAAUGGAUCGCAAGCUUCCUAGCGAAACACCGAUAUGACGAUGGCAUCUACGUUCGUACUUCUACCAGAGCUUCUUCGCCGCAAGAAGUCAAAUUCCGUGACUUUGUCAAGAAGAGUAAAGCGGAGCUGAAAAAUGUAUUCUCUGCAAAUGGAAAGAAACGGUCCGAGGCGGGCGUCGAUGAACUACGCAACGCAAACGAAACUGACGCAGAACGAAAGAACAACAAACUAUCCUGGGCAAAACUGUUCGACACAAAGUCAGGAAACAAGCUUCAUAAGCGGGCAAAGUCCGCUCCUAGUGACAUCCAUGUCCCACAUCAGCUCGAUCCCAUCACUGAAGUCGGAGAAAGCAGCGAGACACAGGCCAAUCUCGUAUCUGUCAGCACUUCAUCCCGAAAGUCUGUCGGCCAGAGCCCUCAAUGCUCUGCUACCUAUCAAACUAACGGUGACGACGUGUCUGUUACGACAACAUGUACAACUAUACUCCAACAAGCUAACCUUCAGGGCAUCUCUGAAGGGGACGCUCAUGAUGCCGCUAUCAACGAUGAAAGCAUUGCGAUCGGCGGACGAAACUGUACAUCCAACCCAUCCACGCAUCUCAGCAGUAGGAACUCAAGUGCCACCGAAGACGAAUGCCCUUCUCAAGACGAAAGCGACAACACAUCAGAUGGCCAUGGUGCCUCAUUGGCACGUUACGAGCUUCUUAAAUCUCAAAGAGAAUACUUUGUUGAUCUACAGAAAGACAUUACUCGACAGAUAGAGGCGACCGAGCUAGAGCAGAAUGCUCAGCAGGAAACAGCUCACCAGGACAAAACUGGUCGACAGGAGAACAAUGUUCUACAGAACGAGAACCCUGGGCAGGCACACCCAAACAACAACGAUCUCACGAGUAAAUCGUCGCCAAAGUUGUCAUUGAGAUCUGUCUUGAGUAUGCUUAUGGGCAGCGACAAGUCUGAUGUAGAGACAAAACCCAAGAGUGACGGAAACAGAGAGCUGAAGGACAAGAGCGGAUUGCCAGCUCGAUGGAAAGCAUUGCUGGUUGGAAAGACAAAGUCUGAGUCUUCCACCAAGAGCAAUUCCCAAUCCUCCUCGCAGAAUCUCGGCCAGAGUGAUGCGCAGCCUACCAAUCAAAUUGUCGAGCAGGACAGAAUAUUCAAGGGCCUCGAUUGGAAACUUCCAGCUGGGAAAAAUGAAAUGGGCCAGCUUAUUCGAGAGUUCUCUGGCGACCUCAAUCCUGCCACGCAGGAAUUGGCUCACGAGACCCCUGUGUCCUCAAAGACUCUAAGCCUCCAUUCGUUUCCGUCAAAGUUUGAUAUUUCGAUGGAUCAAAAUCUCCCCCCUCGGCCUGCAAUGACCCCAGUCUCAUAUUCUGACAACCAACGAGUGCAAAAUGAGUCCACUAGCCAAGACGCUCUGGUUGCCAUGGAAGUUCACAUGGAGAACAAGCAGGCGCAACUUGUAGAAAUCCAGACCCGAUCUGACCGAACCAUGAACCAAGCUACUCGCAGUAUCGCUGACCAGAAUCAAGCUCCGCGAGAAACAGUCGAGCGCGACACAACGAACGAUGUUCAUCCGCCGCAAACCUGGCAGCACGGAGGUGACCCUACAGAGGUCGAGACUGUUGAACAGGUAAUAUUGCUGUGGUACUGGCCGGGACAUAACCAAGAUCAGACUUCUGACUGUCAAUUGCAGGCAUAUGCCCGUCACCGAAGUUCUCUUGCAGUUGUUGAUCGGAUUCGUAGCAUUGGGCUGCUUGAACCAAGCAUGGAUGAAACGAGCUCAAUCGCCGCAGACGAACAGCGAUUGCUGCGUGAGGUGACAGAAGACCUUGAGCUCCCGCCCAAUAGGGUCGCUUCCAAUGAAUCUUGGAUCGCCGUGACGAACCACUCUCAGGUCAUUCCGAGCAUCGAGGAUCCCAACACCAAUCUUGGAUGCAAGGGGCAAAAGACCCCAGAACCAAAUGCCGGGCAGGGCGACGAUGCCAGCGACCAAACCGAGUUGAUCUUGACAAGAGCAAGAAGCUCAGACCGAUUCAUCCCUGAGGGACUUUACUAUCAGAAUUCAGUGGACGGUGACUAG